AUGUCUGGAUUCGAGGCUUUGUCGAUGGUCUGCAGCAUUAUGCAGGUCAUCUCCUUUACCAAAGAAGUUUUGACCCUCUGCAAAGAUGUUUAUGAUGGUCGCCCGACAACUGACCGCCAGAUGGAGGAAAACACAACAUCUAUCCAGGUUCUAUUGGAUAGUAUGAGACAAUGUUCUGUCUCUGUUCAGCAAACCAACAGUGAUAAGGAGCUCUACGCAAUAGCUGAGAAAUGUAGCAAAGCCGCCCAAGAACUGCAGAAAGAGAUGCAGCACGUUACCAAGCAUUGCAAACCUGGAAAUACAAUAAAGGCGAUGAUCGCGGGAUAUAAAUCUACAAGGCAUAAAAGAAAGAUCACAUCUCUCUACAACAUAUUUUGCCAGUACCAGAAAACGUUGGAGACAUAUAUAUUGGUUCGUCUAUGCACGAAGAGCGAUGCUGCAGAGCUCCAACGCCGGGAAACUUUUAACGACCUUUCAGAUACCAUGAAGUACUUUAUUUCUCAACUUGCUGCGGGCCAUACUGAAAUGGCCAAUCUUAUUACCCGUGAAAGUAUUCAGACAAGACAGCAGAUCAAAGAUUCCGAGAAUCAAGUGAUACAGUCGAUUAAUGAUGCCCAAUCCACAGCAUACUCUGAAGCAAAGAAAGAUCGUCUCCUUCGCAGCCUGAAGUACGCGUCUAUGAAUACCCGGCGCACUGAACUUAAACCUGCGCACAAAGCUACAUAUGUUUCGAUAUUUGACUCGCUUGACGCAAAUAAAGAACCAGAUGGAGCGCCAGCCUCGAGUUCAGCGGCUGCUUGGAGAAGAUUUGUCCAAUGGCUUCAAUCCGAGAGACGAGUAUUCUGGAUCCAAGGAAAGCCUGGUGCAGGCAAAAGCACUCUUAUGAAGUUUCUCCUUCAACAUGAAAACACACAGAAAGGGGUCGAUAAAUGGAGUCCCAAUACUUUGAUUCUAUCACACUUCUUUUGGAAGCCUGGAGAUAACUUACAAAGAAAUUUCAGGGGAUUACUAUGUUCCUUGACUCAUCAAUUACUAUCCAGCGAAUGCAGUGCUGUCGACCAUGUGCUGUCGGAAUUACAGUUCUCUGGAGGCAAGGACAACAUAGGAGACUGGGAAAUCUCAGAAUUGGAAUCCAUCUUUCAUUCCUUAAUGAUACACUGCAAACGAUCAGUUUUUUUCCUUAUCGAUGGUCUUGACGAGGCGACUGAGAUUGAAGAAAUUCUUCAUUUUCUAGAUUUUCUAAUUGGACUACGCAGCGUCAAGAUCUGUAUAUCUUGUCGGAGCGAAGAUGUUUUUCUGGAAAAGUUUUCAAAGUAUGACGGAUUCAAACUCAACGACUUGACCAAGGAUGAUAUGCUACAACUUGUAUCUGCAGCCAUUCCCGAGAGCCAGAGGUAUCCGUCGGAUUUUCUACAGGACUUGAGAAGCUUGAUCGUCCAAAAAGCUGAGGGAGUGUAUCUUUGGCUCGUUCUAGCACUUGAGAGUGUCAAGAGGGGACUUCGGAACAACGACGAGCAGAAUGAAAUAUAUUUGCGCUUGUCGAGACUACCUUCUGAGCUUGAGAAGCUCUAUGCAGAUAUGUGGGGGAGACUUGGAGAAGACACAGACAUAUAUGAGAAAGAAGCAGCUCGAUAUUUCAGUUUGAUCAUCAUGAAUCAAACUUUUUUCGACAUAUAUUCCCACGCUUGCAGGUGCAUCUUCGAUUUCCGCCUGAGCACGCUUCAAUUUAUGCUCAUUACAAAUGAUACGAUGAAGGCAAAUAUUUUGAAUAAGUCAUACCAGCUGCCAGUUUCGGAGAUAGCGAAUAAUUGUGUGGAUGCGUCUAAGAUUAUUUCCAUCCGGACUGCCGGGCUCCUUACCGUUAAAGACGUUAAAUAUGACUUUUCUAAUCUGCUUCCAGAAGAGCUUGCAGAAAGAAUGAGAUCAGAUCCAUCGGAAUCGAAUCAGUACUUUUCUAGACGAGUGGACUUCAUACACAGGACAUUGUUCGACUUUUUUACAGAGUCCGAGAUUGGUCAAGACAUAUUGGCACAAAGCCAAACACAUCGUGUCGAUAUAGAUCUUGCAACUACCAUUCUCUGCCAACUUCGUAUUAUGCAAUAUCAUGGAAUAUUCGCUGAAUCGUAUGCAAGAGUAGGACUUGGUUCACCGCUACAUUACUUUCUCUGGCUUUUAGGCCAAAUAUUUGCACAAGAUUCCAUUUGCGAGUGCCACAUGGGUACUACUCUGCUACAUGCUUUUGAGAGACUCUUCGAGGCUGGUCUUUUACCGUGGGAUGACCGACCAGAAUGGUAUCCUCUUCCAUGCUUUGAUGUUAUACUCAUCGGUGAUCCUGCUUUUGAUGAGUUCAUACAGUCGCGAGUAGAGGACAAAGGCGAAUCACACGCCACCUGCCUUCUUCGAGAAUUCUUAUUUGCCAGAUCCGUCGAACCUAGCUGGCAGUUGAUAAAAGUUUUUAAAGAAGACGACCAUAGGAAUCGAUCUUAUUUAACCUAA